AUGUUUCAGAAACUAAUCGUUAUAACUUUUGCUAUUGCAUUGGCAUCUGCUAAUAUCUUUGAUUUUUUGAAUAAUUUCAAUGCUGGUGGUAGACAACAACAGAAUCAAGGCGUAAGAACCCCUCAAGAAUAUGAAAGUGUAGUUUUGAAUUCCCAAUGUGAUAAAUAUCUAUGUCCAGAUACAGGAUUGUGUGUUGAAGCACCAAAGUUUUGCCCUUGCCCUUACCCAUCGUCCCAAAUAAGAUGCUUUCUACCAGAUGGAAGAUUUGUGUGUAUUUCAAAACCAGCUGGAGAGGGCAUUUCUGAAAAGUACAACGAUCCAAAGACUAAUUGGAAAAUAGAUGCCAAAGAUGACAACAUAAGAGAUUGCGGAUGGGUAAAUAGAGCUUGGAGGGGAUUAGUAUGA